AUGCUCCUGAAGCGCGUGGAGUUCGCUGCGCUGUUCUUCCCACAUUCCAAGGACUCUAUAGCUUGUUCGAGCAAGACGGUUGUUGCUAACGAAGAUUUCGUCAAGCUGGAGACCGAUGGUGCUUUGCCAUCUUCUAGCUACCUUUGUCUGUGUAAUCAUGUCUUCGAGGAUCGCUCGGGUGUCAUCAAUUUGCGUGCUUACCUCGUCCGAGUACUUCUCAAUGUCCACAGCGUGCGUACUCAGAGAGCCACUCGGGUCGGGACUGAGGUCAUCCUCGGCGAGUUUUUUACGUUUACCUUGGAAAGUCGGCGUGUUAAAGGCCGAACCGAACUCUCCGGUUUUGUCCGUCAAUUUUGGUCAGAUUAG